AAGAGAGUAACUUAGCGCCAUAACCUUUACACAAAAAUCACUUUCUCCCAUUUUCUUGGGCUUCUCAUCUUCAACAAAAAUACACACACAAUUGCACAUACUAACACACAGAGUGGGUUGUGUUUUCGUCCCCCUCAUCUAAUCAGAAUUAAGGGAGGCGUAGAUUGGGAGCAUCUUCAAGAUCAUGUCUUCUACAGUGAAAGACAUAUUGAUAAGGUCUACAGCUAAUGAUGUGUACACAAGAAGAAUACUCAAGGAGAAAUAUGGGGAUCAAAUUGAUCUUCUCGGGGUGAACCCUUCUCGCACCAGAGUGAGCCGGUGGUCCAGUCGGGCUCGAGCCACUCGGUGCCAUGGUUCCAGGAUGGAGGCAAGCGGGUUCACGAGACCAGAGCCUGGAAGAAGAGAGCCCACUCCACCUGCACAGGCCAUACUCACUCCAGUCUCGGACCCCACCCCUACUACUAAAAAGAGGGUAUUCACUUUUGGCAAGGGAAGGAGCGAGGGAAACAAGGGCAUGAAGUCCUUGUUGGGAGGAAAAGGUGCGAACCUUGCUGAAAUGGCGAGCAUCGGGCUGUCUGUGCCACCAGGACUCACCAUCUCUACUGAGGCAUGUCAAGAGUAUCAGAAAAUAAGGAGGAAGCUUCCAGAUGGAUUGUGGAAAGAGAUAUUAGAAGGUCUGAAGAUAGUGGAGAAUGAUAUGGGAGCCGUACUAGGUGAUCCGUCCAGGCCGCUCCUCCUUUCCGUUAGAUCUGGUGCCGAAAUUUCUAUGCCUGGCAUGAUGGACACGGUUCUGAAUCUCGGACUCAACGAUAGUGUGGUUGCUGGUUUAGCUGCAAAAAGUGGCGAGCGGUUUGCGUAUGAUUCAUAUAGGCGGUUCCUGGACAUGUUUGGGGAUGUGGUUUUGGGCAUUUCGCAUUCAUUAUUUGAGGAAAAACUUGAAAAGAUGAAGAAUGCAAAAGGCGUAAAGCAAGAUACUGAUCUGACCGCCUCCGAUCUAAAAGAGCUGGUGGAGGAAUACAAGGGUGUCUAUCUUGAAGCUAAGGGUGAAAAGUUCCCAUCAGAUCCAAAAAAACAGCUAGAAUUGGCUAUCAGAGCAGUUUUUGAUUCAUGGAACAGUCCACGGGCCAUAAAAUACCGGAACAUUAAUCAAAUAACUGGGUUGAAGGGAACUGCUGUAAACAUUCAGUGCAUGGUAUUUGGAAACAUGGGAAACACUUCAGGAACGGGCGUUCUCUUCACUAGGAACCCAAGCACCGGGGAAAAGGCGCUCUACGGCGAGUUUCUAAUUAAUGCCCAGGGAGAAGAUGUUGUUGCUGGAAUUAGAACACCGGACGACUUGGACACCAUGAAGAAUUGCAUGCCUGAAGCUUAUGAGGAACUCUUAGAAAAUUGUGAAAUAUUAGAGAGGCAUUACAAAGAUAUGAUGGACAUUGAAUUUACUGUACAGGAAAAGAAACUAUGGAUGUUGCAAUGUAGAAGUGGAAAGCGUACGGGUAAUGGUGCUGUGAAGAUUGCUGUAGACAUGGUAAAUGAAGGGCUUGUUGAUACUCGUGCUGCAAUGAAGUUGGUGGAACCACAGCAUCUUGAUCAGCUUCUUCAUCCACAGUUUGAGAAUCCAUCUUCCUACAAAGACUAUGUCAUAGCAAAGGGCUUGCCUGCAUCCCCUGGUGCCGCAGUUGGACAGGUUGUUUUCAAUGCCGAAGAUGCUGAGGCAUGGCAUUCUCAGAUUUUUAUAUCUCUGAAGGUGAGAACCGAAACAAGUCCAGAGGACGUUGGGGGCAUGCAUGCUGCCGUUGGCAUUUUGACAGCAAGAGGCGGCAUGACAUCUCAUGCAGCCGUGGUAGCCCGAGGAUGGGGGAAAUGCUGCGUUUCUGGUUGCUCUGACAUACGUGUGAAUGAUUCUGAGAAGGUGGUCUUGAUCGGAGACAAAGUAGUGAAAGAAGGAGACUGGAUAUCACUUAAUGGCUCUACAGGAGAAGUGAUCUUGGGUAAACAGGCGCUCGCUCCUCCAGCCAUGACUGGGGAUUUGGAGAUUUUCAUGUCCUGGGCGGACGAGAUUAGGCGACUUAAGGUCAUGGCAAAUGCUGAUACACCUGAAGAUGCACGCACCGCUAGGAAUAAUGGAGCUCAAGGGAUUGGUUUGUGUAGGACAGAGCACAUGUUCUUUGCUUCUGAUGAGAGGAUUAAGGCUGUGAGAAAGAUGAUAAUGGCAAUUACACCUGAACAGAGGAAAGCAGCUCUAGACUUGUUAUUGCCUUACCAACGGGCUGAUUUCGAGGGAAUUUUCCGUGCAAUGGAUGGUCUUCCAGUGACUAUCCGGCUCCUAGACCCUCCACUCCAUGAAUUCCUGCCAGAGGGUGAAAUAGAGCAGAUUGUCCAAGAACUAACUGUUGAUACAGGCAUGAGCGAAGAAGAAGUUUACUCGAGAGUUGAAAAGUUGUCAGAAGUGAAUCCCAUGCUUGGAUUUCGAGGAUGCAGGCUUGGUAUAUCGUACCCUGAGCUUACAGAAAUGCAGGUUCGUGCAAUAUUUCAGGCUGCCAUCUCUUUAACCAACCAGGGUGUUGAAGUCUUUCCAGAGAUAAUGGUUCCCCUUAUCGGAACACCUCAGGAAUUGAGUCAUCAGGUGAGUUUGAUUCGUGAUGUUGCAAGAAGGGUGUUCGAGGAGAUGAGUACUACAUUGAGCUAUAAAGUGGGCACCAUGAUAGAGAUUCCUAGAGCUGCUUUAGUUGCCGAUGAGAUUGCAAAGGAAGCAGAGUUUUUCUCCUUCGGGACAAAUGAUCUCACACAAAUGACAUUCGGAUAUAGCAGAGACGAUGUCGGCAAAUUUCUUCCUAUAUACUUGGCAAAGGGCAUUCUCCAAAACGACCCAUUUGAGGUCCUCGACCAGAAAGGCGUGGGUCAACUCAUCAAGGUGGCAACGGAAAGAGGCCGUACAGCUAGGCCAAGCCUCAAGGUCGGAAUCUGUGGAGAACACGGUGGGGAGCCAUCUUCUGUUGCCUUCUUUGCAGCAGCUGGACUUGAUUACGUUUCGUGCUCUCCUUUCAGGGUGCCAAUUGCAAGGUUGGCCGCAGCUCAAGCUGCAGUUUGAGGUAGAAACAUGCUUCAUUGGGUUCUCCUUAAUAAGUAGUUGCACAUAAACAAUAAACCUUAGCAUCUUUGAGGUAUUUGUCAUAUAGAUAAGAUCCUCGACAUUGGAAGAGGACGCAACGUGAAAAACCAAAAAAAAAACAAAAAAAGGAGGGGAGAACCAAUGUAAAAUGUGAAAGCUCUAUGGAGCUCUGUAAUUGUAAAUGCGUUCAGAUUCCGGACCAAAAUUACAGCCUAUGUUUUGCUGUAAGAGAGUGAUUUCAGUGUUUCAUUCUUUGGAUGUA